AUGGAACCAAUAUUAUCAGAAGGUACAGGUUAUGGUAUCGUCAUAGGGCUAGGUGCAUUCUUCGCCAUUUUGAUGAAUAUUGUGACGUUUAUUCAGAACAAAUACUUCGUUCACAAAUCCAGCCAUGCCGAUGAAUUCACUGCCGCUUCAAGAAAUGUGCCACUCGGACUUAUGGUGGUAUCAAUCGUUAGCAGUUGGUGUUGGUCUUUAACGCUUUUGCAAUCGGCAACUGAGUCGUACACUUAUGGUAUCUCAGGAAGCUACUUUUAUGCAAUUGGUGGGUUUAUUCAGGUCUCAGUUUUCAGUAUCGUUGCCUCUAAAGUCAAGGCAAAUGCUAACUUAGUUACAACUUUCCCUGAGGCAGGCUAUUUGAGAUUCGGAACUGCAGGUCAUCUUUCAUUUUUGUGGAGUGGGAUAGUUUGUAACACCAUCGUCAGCGCAUGUAUCCUCUUGGGUGGUGCAGCUGUGCUUAAUGCGGUCACUGGCAUGAACAUGUACGCUGGCUUGUAUCUGUUCCCUCUUGUCUGUGCGGUGUAUGUUUAUUUUGGAGGUUUGAGAGCUACUUUCAUUUCAGAUGCUUCGCACACGUUCCCGCUAUUGGUAUUCUUAAUUGUCUUCGUGUUUUACAUUUAUGCAGGAGGAUCCGACGUUGUGGGAUCUCCAGGAAAAAUGUGGGAUCUUUUGAAUGAGGUGGCACAUCACAGUCCAGUUAGCGAUAAUUACCACGGUUCUUACUUGACAUUUAGAAGCAAAGAAGGUGGUAUCUUCUUAUUUAUUUCUAUCAUCACGGGUUUUGGUCUAGUGGUCUUGGACCAAGCGUAUUGGUCAAGAGCUAUCGCCGCACAACCUUUGAAAACUUCUAAGGCGUAUUUUAUUGGCGCUGUUACGUGGUUUGUGAUUCCAUGGACAAUGGGUCUUUGCCUCGGUUUGGGUGCUAAAGCUUGCUCGUUACAACCAGGCUUCCCUCAAUUAACGGAAGCAGAAGUUUCAUCAGGUCUAGCCGCUGUUGCGACUGCAUCUCAUCUGCUGGGCAGAGCUGGUGCUACCAUGAUUACAUUGAUGAUAUUCUUAUCAGUUACUGCAUCCUUCUCUGGUGAGUUAAUUGCGACAUCCACUCUCCUAUCCUACGAUGUUUACAAGAGGUAUUUGAAGAAGGACGCAACUCCACACCAAGUGUUAAUAGCUUCGAAGAUUAGCGUUUUCAUUUGGGCAAUUUUCGCAGGAAGCAUAGCCAGUAUUUUCAAUGCCGUAGGGAUUUCGAUGGGUUGGUUGUUCAACUUUUUGGGUUGCGCCACGGCAAGCGGUGUAUUCCCUGUUGCUUUAACUUUUACCUGGAAUAGAUUAAACAAGUGGGGUGCAGUGUCUGGUUCUGUCUUGGGAAUGCUUUUGGCAAUUAUGGUCUGGUUAAUUACAUGUAAGGCUUACCUUGGUGAGAUUACUGUUGAUAACUUGUCAAAUAGAUGGGUUUCUUUCGCUGGUAAUGCCUCCGCCUUGGCGCUCGGUGGAAUCUUCUCGAUCGGGUUUUCUUUAAUCUGGCCGGACAAUUUUGACUGGAAUGAUAUUAGAAAUAAGACCAUUCUAGCCGAGAGACCAUCUGUCUCCUCUGUCGAGGAAGACAAAGGGGUCACGGAGGAAAAGGAGGUCUACGAAGUGAAAUCUGUAAAGGCACCCCAAGAUUCCGAUAGGUCGAACUUGUCGGUUGACGACGUAAAUGUUAAUUCGAGCUUGUCCGACGGCCGUAGUGGUUUGAUCGAUGAAGAGUCGCGUAACGUUGAUCUGCCCGAAGUUGAGGAUAUCCCAAUUGAAAAACUUCAAAAGCAGUUCAAGUUCUUCACGAAACUCUCAGUUUCCUGUGCGAUUAUUUUGGCUGUGCUAAUCCCAAUCCCUCAAAUUGCAGCCCCAUAUGUUUACAGCAAGCCGUUUUUCACAUUUGUGAUUGCUGCUAAUAUUAUUUGGUUGUUUGGAACCUUCUUUGUCUGUGUUAUUUUACCAGUUUUCGAGUCCAGAAAAUUCAUCGGUAAACUAUUUCUGCGGAUUUUUGGAAAGGGUAAAUACACGUCCAACAGUUGA